GUUGUGGUCAAUAUAUUAUAGUUUAAAAGCCCAAAAAUAUAAUACAAUAAUGGUACCAAGUUCAAUUCAUUACGACAUGGCUCAGAAUGUAAAAGUGGAAGGAGCAUUAGACCAUCCCUCAGCUAUAAAAUAAACCCAACUUUCCCUCUCCAUUUCAAUAAUCUCUCUCAGCUUCUUUUGUCUCUGUUUCUAAGGCUCCAAAUCAAUUCCUUAGACGAUGGAAAAGCUAAGCUCUAUUAAGAACAGAGGACUAAGAUUACCACCCGGGUUCAGAUUUCACCCGACCGAUGAAGAGCUAGUGGUUCAGUAUCUAUGUCGAAAAGUGACCGGUUUGCCCUUACCAGCUUCUGUUAUACCGGACAUUGAUAUAUGUAAAGCUGAUCCAUGGGACUUGCCAGGUGAUUGUGAGUCAGAGAGGUAUUUUUUUAGCACGAGGGAAGCUAAAUACCCAAACGGAAACCGGUCGAACCGAUCAACCGGUUCGGGUUAUUGGAAAGCGACUGGAAUCGAUAAGCAAAUAGGGGGAAAUAAGCUUGUUGGGAUGAAGAAAACUCUGGUUUUCUACAAAGGGAAACCACCAAACGGGACAAGAACUAAUUGGGUUCUUCAUGAGUAUCGUCUUCUUGAUUCUCAACAAGAAUCAUACGGAGAGAACACGAACUGGGUUCUGUGCAGAGUGUUUUUGAAGAAGACGAGCAAUACUAGUAAUAAGAGGAAAGAAGAUGAGAAAGAGAUUAAUGAAGAGAAAGAAAAUGACGAAGACGACAACAAGAGUGCUUGUCCGAUAUUCUAUGACUUUUUAAGAAAAGACAAGAAGAGAAAACGAUGCUGCGAUUUGAAUGUGACUCCAACGUGUUGUUGUUGUUGUUCUGCUUCAGCGUCUUCGUCGGUUUGCUCAAGUGCUUUAACACAGACAUCUACUCAUAAUGACUCUGAUUAUCAUGAAGAAAUUACUUGUCGGGAAAUUAAGUUUUGUUUGUUUCUGUAAAUAAUAACUAAAAAGUUCAUAAUAAGUCAGUCUGAACACCAGGUGGUUACGUAAUCUAGACUCAUAGCCUUUCUUCGUUUAUGUAUUUAUUUAACUUGGAAACCCACACGAUUAUACAUGAAUACUCAUUUUAUAAAAAUAAAUAUAUCACAUUUUUAUAU